AUGUCCUCUGCAGCACACUCUUUCUCAAACAUACCCCCGGAAAUUCUCGCGGCCAAUUGGCCGCCCGAGAUCUUGCAGGAAUACAUGGCAGAAUUGCAGAAGGAUCACGAGAAGGGCACCGUCGAUGACGACGAUGCCGUUUUAACCGAGUCCAGCGCGUCUGACGCCGAAACCGAGUCAGACGUGUCGAUGUCCUCCGACAUUGUGGAGCUUCCUCCGCCGUCACAUCCCCCCAAAGACAUCGCGUCCGACGACUCUGCGUUCAGCAGUGAUGAUGAAUAUGUGGACGAUAAGGUGCAGACCGCGAUGCGUAUGCACCGGGGGUUGGUCCUUGGGCGACCAGUACCCGAGCUCGCCCACACGUCGCAGAGAGACCUCAUGGGUAUGGUGGACAGCUACCUGAAGCAACUGGACGACGCGGAUGGGGAAUUAGGCGAGAUCACCGGUACACUGGUACAGCUCCCACACCGCCGGCCCAACGCCAACGAGUAUCUCGCGCCGGAGCCGUUACCGACCGACUUGCCGAAGAAGGAGCAGGCAUUGCGCGAGAGAUCUCGCAAGGAGUGGUUGGAUUUGGGCAAAACGAGAAUGUUGGAGGAAUUACAGUUCCUUGCGCAGGCAGUGUUCCGCAAGGAACGACGCGUUAAACAUGCUAGAGAAGGAAAAAGAGAGGCUGUUGCGUGA